AUGGGCGCCCGGAACCAGACAAGAGGCGAAAGGGCGCUGAAGGAGCUUCAAGCUCGCAACCCUCAAGGAACGCUGAGUCUCGUCAUUUUGGACGUUACCGAUGACAACUCCAUCGAGGCGGCUGCGGCAAAGAUCCAAGCGGAUUUCGGCCGCCUGGAUGUCCUGGUCAAUAAUGCUGGGAUCGGCACCAAGGACCCAAUCACCCGAGAGACCCUCCGCACGUCUUUUGAUACCAACGUGUUCGGUGUCGUGCUCCUGAGCAACGCCCUGACCCCCCUUCUCAAGCUCUCACAGGCGCCUAAAAUCAUCAACGUUAGCUCCGAAAUGGGUUCCAUCGCCUCAAAGCUGGAUUCAAGCAACCCCUGGUCAAAAGUACCGGCCGAGGUAUAUCGCAUGACGAAGACGGCCCUCAACAUGCUGACUGCCUGUCAACACGUUGCUCUUCAGGAGUUUGGCGUUAAAGUUUGGUCGUUUUGUCCCGGAUACGUGAUCACCGACAUUGGCGGCGACAGGGAGUUCAGAGCGACACAGGGCGGCGCCGAUAGUUCGGAGACAAGUGCGCAAGGAAUCCUCGAGAUUGUGGAGGGAAAACGCGAUGAUGAAGUUGGAAGGUUUCUUGGCAGAUAUGGAAAGCAAAUACCUUGGUAG